UAACAUUGUGUACAAUAAUAUUGUGUAUAAAUAAAUAUAUUGUGUAUUGAAUUCAUUGGAAAACGAUAUUCAAUCAAAACAUCAGACGAUUAAUAGUAUUAAUAAUUCAUUGAUUUCUGUAUUGAAAAUCAUUUAUUGUUUUUUGUUUGCUUUGAAUCAAUCAAUCAAUCAAUCAUUUUGUUGAUCACUCGGAGAUUUGACCACUAGUUUGACUGACCAAAUGUCUAACCGUUACCGAAACGAAUGUCCCGAAGGCUGCAAAGUAUUUGUCGGUAAUUUGAAUCGAAAUACAAGUCGUGAUGAUAUCCGUCACGCGUUCAGCCGUUUCGGUGACGUCACAAACGUCUGGUUGGCCACUAAUCCGCCGGGAUUUGGUUUUGUUAUGUAUGACCACCGAGACGGGGCUCGUUUGGCUGUUGAACGUAUGAACAAUUCACGAUUUGAUGGUCGCUUUUUGACCGUUGAGUUGGCCACUGGUGCGAAACGAAGACACCGAAGUCGGAGCCGAUCGCCAGCACAGAGACGUCACUUUCAAACUGAUGGCAAAAGGUCUUCACGUGUAAACUCCAGAGAGCGCGUCGCUGGCGGUGAUCGUCGCGUAUCAUCCAGUAGUGACCGUUUUGGUCGCUAUCGUCGUGAUCGCCGAUAUUCGAACUCAAGCUCGAGUUGUGGCAGUUUGUCUCCUACUGACCGCCGAUCGUCCAAAAGAUCAUCGAAACGAUUGCAAGCGAAUAGUUCCGAAUCGAGUGAUGAUAAUAAACGUCAGCCAAAGUCGAGAUCCAAUCGAUUGUAAUGAUGAAAGAAGUGGUGGAUUCAUCUCUUUUAUUGUCUCUUUGAGUUAGUUUUAUUCAGUUUUGUUUAUUUCAUAUUUUUUUGUUAGUAAUUAUCUAC